AUGUCUCGACCGACUUCACAGCAAGAGAGCCAGCAGCAGGCGGGGUUCAGUGCGUCGGGGCAGCGGGAGUUCUUUAGGUACCUGCCGCCAUAUCAUUUCCAAUCAGCUGCUCUUAAUCAUAUCGACCAUGAAACAAAAACCACGGAUCUCGUCGCACAGCCGUCUUCGGAUCCUGUCCUGACAGCGUUUGCCCAACUGGGAACUUUGCGAUUGGAUUCCAAACGCGCCUUCAUUUCACUUUUCGGUCGCAACGAGGUACAUAUUCUGGCCGAAGCGACUCGAACUCUCAGCCUACAGAAUGAAGCCGAUCACAUCGAGGAUGAUGCCCUGUGGAUCGGAAGUUGUACCAUGUCAUACGGUCGCAGCCUCUGCAAAGCCGUCCUGAAUCUCCCGCAAUCUAUAGAAUGUCCACCCCAAUCAUUUGUUGUGCCAGAUCUCAUGAAAGAUGAGGAACUUGCUGGACAUCAAGAUGUAGUCGGCUUUCCAAAUUUUCGUUUCUUGGCAUGCAGUCCGAUCAUCAGCCCAAAAGGAUUCGUGAUUGGUGCAUAUACGAUCCUGGACGACAAGCCGCAUGAACCACUCAACGCCGCCCUGAUAAAUUUCAUGGCCGAUAUCUCUCAUACUGUCAUGGAUUAUCUGGUCGCAACAAGAGCCAAAAAUCAACAUACUCGGAGUGAACGCAUGAUGGUUGGACUGGGAAGCUUCCUUGAAGGCAAAGGCAGUCUGCGAAAUACGUGGAUUUCUGCGCAUGAAGAUAUACUGUCUCCAGAGGAGGAGCACCUGGAAGGCCAUGUUCACCGGGAACAACAGAAAAUACAAAUGACGGACAGUGUGGCUAAUGGGCUACCAGCUAGCAACUCUCCCGAAAUGUUGCCCUUUCGACCAAAGAAUUUAAAUACCUCUGGAGGCCAAAAGUCUACAGCACAAGUGGAGAAAAGCCAGUCGGUGGUUGAUUCAGGGCAUGCACCGCGAGAUUAUUUUCAGGAGAGACCACGCCGUGAGCGUGUACAUCGGGCUAAGCCAAAAAGCAGCAAAAGGUCUGAAAAUCGAUCACCGAAGGCCGAUUAUGUGACUCAAAUACAGGGCACUUUUUCACGCGCAGCCAAUAUAAUUCGCGAGAGCAUCGAAGUUGAGGCUGCUGUGUUCUUCGAUGCCAACUUUGCUUCACAGGAUGCUUUGGUGAAUAUGUCAGGGGGUAAUUCGAGAAGCAGUAGUGUAGGGGGCUUUUCUUCAAGCGACGAAGGCGGAAACGUUGAAAUACCCUCCGCCCAUGAAAGCCGUCCUAGUGUCGAAAAUGCCGCAAAGGCAGGCCCCAACUCAGUAAGCCCUUGUAACGUACUUGGGUUUGCAACUUCAGACUUUUCCAGCAUAAGCAAUGAGUCCACUGGAGAUGGGAAAAUUUCUAUAUCUGAGAAUUUUCUUGGUCACCUUCUACGCCGAUACCCACGGGGUAGAAUUUUCAACUACGGCGAAGAUGGGUCGAUCUCGUCCGACGAUACCAGCGAUCACAUAGUGAGGCAGUUUGACCAGCGUUUUGGCGGUCUGCGAUACAAAAGAACACGCAAGACAAUCCUACGUCAAGAUGCAGCGACACUUUUGCAAUUGGCACCUCAGGCCCGAAGCAUUGUUUUCUCGCCUCUAUGGGAUUCGCAUAAGGAGAGAUGGUAUUCAGGUUGUCUAUCGUGGACAAGAACCGCCCAUCGUGUUCUUACUUCGGACGAUGAAUUGGCCUUCCUCUUUGCAUUUGGAAACUGUGUCAUGGGAGAAGUCCACCGACUUGGUGCGCUUCUUGCUGAACGAGCCAAGUCAAAUCUCCUCGCAGGAAUCAGUCAUGAGCUUCGGUCCCCACUUCACGGAAUCUUCGGCACGAUAGAUAUCCUGAAUGAUACUACCAUGAAUGCUUUGCAACAGGGGGUUUAUGCAUACCAUCUCGUCAUCCCCCCAGGUGGGCAAGAUUCCCGCCGCAACAGUAUCGAUCAGAACUCGAUCGUCCAAUUGGACGUCGCCGUUGAAGAUGCCAUUGAGACCGUGUUCGCAGGCCAUGACUUCAUUGGCAAAAGGCAAUCAUCUUUUGACAUCGCUCACACACAUCUGGACAUCCAUACGAGAGUUCGGGUCGUUCUCGAUAUCGAAUCCACCCAGCAUCUCAGAUUUCUGACUCGGCCCGGAGCGUGGCAUGUGAUUUUGACAAAUGUUUUUGGAAAUGCCAUGAAAUUCACUCAAAAGGGAUAUAUCAGAGUUUCUCUCAAAGCAAGUCCAGUGGCCAUUUCCCAUGAUGGCCAGACCAACCGCUCGACAAUCACACUGGGCAUUGAAGACAGUGGAUGUGGCAUGGACAAAGAUUUCCUUGGGAACAAAGUUUUCUCGGCCUUUUCUCAGGAGGACACAAUGUCGGCAGGCAAUGGGCUGGGCCUGAACAUCGUGCGUCGGAUAGUGUCUUCGCUGAACGGUGAUAUUCGAAUCACCUCUCAGAAGGGUCUUGGAACUAACGCCGUGAUCACUGUUGAGCUUGACCAUGCGCCGUACCCUUCUCCACGUCCCUCAAUUUCCCCGAAUAAACAGACUUUCCCUGACUCUAUCAAAGAUCUCGUUCAUGGAAAGACCGUUGGGGUUCUGGUUCCAGGUUCUUCUGAGGGCGAUAUGGCCCUUGGCACCUCAUUGAAGAAACUGUGCCAAGAGUGGUUUUCGAUGAAGGUCGAUUUCAUUGAUUCCUUGCAUACAAGACCCGGUCAUUGCGAUAUUUUGAUUUCUCUUCUUGAAACAUUGGAUGUCGGAAACUGCGAGAUCUUGGCUUCUAUCUCUAGCCCGAUGGAACGAUUCUCCUCACCCGUCAUCAUCAUCUGCUCAUCUCCGAGUACCGCACACUCCAUGUUUUUGGCCGCCCAGGAGCGGAGAUACACUGGAAUCCUGGAAUUCAUUAGCCAGCCAUGUGGGCCGCGCAAGUUGGCAAAAGCACUAGAAAUAUGCAUUCAGCGGCAGCGGCAGCGCAAGCAGGAACCAAAUGCCUUUGAUACGUCUUUCUCUCAAGCAUUGCGUACUGAUUCAGUGGAACAACCCAUGGCAAUUGGAACGAGCAAGUCGGUAUUGACUAAUGCUGAAUAUGGGCCUCUGACACCGGAGGUCCUCGAACGCUCUUCUCUCCUCACGAUCAGCCGUACUAACCCUCAAGGGCAUCUUCCACCACUCAACGAAUGUUCCCCUCAAGAAAAUCAGAAUGGUCCAUCGACGAAUGUUCUACUUGUCGAUGAUAACGAAAUCAACAUCAGACUUCUGGUAGCGUUUAUGCAAAAGUUGAAAUUCAACUACCUGAUUGCGAGAAACGGAAAAGAAGCUCUGGACUCCUUUAAAGAAAACGCUGAUAAAAUUGGUGUUAUCCUGAUGGAUAUCUCAAUGCCUGUCAUGGAUGGGAUUGAAGCUACCCGAAGAAUUCGCGAGCACGAGCAGACGUUGCAACAGUCUCAAGAACGUGCAAUGAUAGUUGCACUAACAGGUGUUGCCCAAGCUGAUAUGGAACGCGAUGCGAUAGGAUCUGGAAUGGACACCUUUUUGACCAAACCGGUCCGGUUGGAUGUUCUCGGGCCAAUAAUCAGUCGAAAGAUACACGAAUCGCACUUGGCCUGA